GACUUAACUGCACUCCCAACUGUUAUACCAAAGCAAAGAUAAUAAAUUCCCCAUUACAAUUGCAUUUUUUUUUUAAAUUACUCAUUAAAAUAACAAAGAAUAAGAGGAAUUAUGUCUCAGCCACCUGCCAAAGAAGUUCUUCCUCCCUCAUACGAAGAGGUCAUGAAUACAUCGGCCGAUACAACUCCAACACCACAGCAAGGCACCAAGUAUCCCAAUCCAAAUGUUGGUGUUACCGAGGGUGCCAAUCAGCCACCACAACAAUAUUAUGUGCCACAAGCUCCACCCAAUCAACAAUAUUCUGCAGGUCCCUUUUAUCCGGCUUCUGCACCACAGCCCGGAUACCAAGUACCCUCCUAUGGAGCUUUUGAAUCUACUCCAGUCAGUGUGGUCAUACAACCUCCCACACUACUCGAAACACCCAACAUCAUUGUUGUUGGCGGCUGUCCCGCUUGCCGUAUAGGCAUACUCGAAGACUCUUACCCUUUGUGUGGCCUUCUUUGUGCCCUUGUCUUCUUUCCAGUGGGUAUACUUUGCUGUUUGGCUAUGAAAAAUAAACGUUGUACCAAUUGUGGCACAGAAUUCUAGACGUCCAACCAUAAUAAUAAGACAUUAAUUUUUUUAAAAGGCAUUUCCCCGGCUGAAGGGGAUUUGUAAAGUCCAAGCAUUUUUUUUUUUUGAAAAUAGUUGAAGCCACAGAGAAUCCCCUGAAAAAUUAAGCUUUAUAUAUGUUUAUCGCCAAGUACACAUAUGUAUGUAAAUGUUAUGGGAUUGAUACGAUAUAAUCGAAGGCUUGCGAAGAGCCUAUAAACCACUAUUCCUUAAAUUUUAGACUACAUGUACUAUGUGGGUAAUGCAUAGAUAUUUUACAGUAACUAAUGCCUAGAUUAAUGUAUGUAUUAUGUUAAUACCCAUGGUCCGUACAUGAUAUUCGUAUACCUUUUACUUGUUUUACAUAAUUAAGAACAUUUUCUUUAUAUUGUUUUAUAUUUGUUUUAAAUCGUUGUUAAUAUUUAUAUACAUAUUUGCGUGUAAUCUCUAUAUAUUCGAAACUAUACACCCAUUAUUACCAUAGAACGUACGUAUGUAUGAAUCAUACCAAUAACAAACAAUAAAUAUUAGAUAAUAAAUAAA